AUGUUACUGAAGGGCACACAAGUGGGCACUGCUAAAGUCUUCCCUCACAUACGGGCAUUGUCCUCAUCGCCUGCAGAUCAUCUGGCUACGGCUACCAGUGUUGACGGUCGCCAGGAGUCGGUAUCCAAGUCUAUAAAGCACAAGUCGAACCCGGCCAACGGAAAAUCGGAUAUACGUCAUAUCGUGAAGAUAAAGAGGUCUGUGGAGCGGAAGCCACGAUGGGUCUUUUUAACGGGAAGAGAUAUUCAGCAGAAAGCUGCGGCGAAGGAGUACGGUCGGCUAGAAGAGGUCGAGGUUAACCAUCUGGAGGCCUUGCGCUACAUCGGAGGCUUCCUGUGGCCUGACGACUGGAGGAGUCGAUUGGAGACACUGGGAUCUUUCGCAGCCACAAUGAGUGGUCGGUAUUUCCAGAGCUUAGCGCCGACGUACAUUUCCAAGUUGACGGAUAUGUUGGCCGAUAGCAAGGUACUGCUGGAAGGUGACAGCGAAGAUUGGGCAGAGAUACUCCGUACGGUCCUUUUAUUUGGUGGCUGCCGUCUCUUGGCCUUGGGUUCUCGCGAGAUGCGGAACAUAUUGUACAGUCAUGUAAUCAAGAAGGCUAAUACGCGUAUGGCCUCUGAAAUGUUCCAGGUGCUACAAGAUACCGAUUUGGACUUUUUGCUGAGGAAUCGCCCAGGGGAACUGACGAGCAACGUAAUCGGGUCCAGCCGGGCGCUAGGGGGUUUGCUAAGCAACAUGAAUCACCGGGCGGUCCCGAUGUACAUGGACAUCACAUCUCUUACGGGCAAAUUCCGGAAAAUAAAGCGUAAUGACUUGUCAAGUUUGGCCAAGUCGACUUUGGCGAUUUACUUUUUGUUCUCGUGCGUCUACGGCGACGUCCGGGUGCGGGAGCGUUUGCGGAUGAACCGGGCGGACAACGUUCUCCGGGGCAGCAUGCUGGAGUCGCUGCAGAACGGAGAGUGUGUUCGCGCCUUGCACACAGGUCGCAGGGAAUUAUUCAAGUUCGCUAGACGGUACGACGACUACGAGGCGUCCAAGACUCAUGUAAGCCACUCGCUGGCGACCAUGAAUGUGGGGCAACAGCUCAUUAUACGGACCGCCAUCACUUUAGCCAUGCUCCGUACGGCCGACCGCAUCUUUAAGGGUGAAGCCAAGUCGGGAGAACUUUCUAUGGUAAUGCAUAUGUUCGACGGCUUAGUGCACCCACUUAACUAUGUGGGCACAAUGUACAGAGAGUUCAAGGCGAACUAUCAAGAGAUCGUCCAAGGACUCAAGCUGCUCAAAAUACGGACAGUACGAGACGCACCUAAUGCCAAACCUCUCGUCAUUAACAGAGGCAGCAUCCAGUUACGUAACACCUCCUUCCGGUACCCCGGCGCUGCAACGGUCCCUGGUGCUGCCACGGUGCAGAAGGAUGUGUUACGGAACAUAAAUUUAUCCAUUGCGGGCAAGUCAAAGGUAGCGAUUGUGGGUCCUUCCGGUAGCGGAAAGAGCACGUUGCUGCGACUCAUUUUGAGACUGUACUCGCCUCAGACGGGUACGGUCGGCAUCUGCGGCCAAGACAUAAGCCAAGUCACACUCAAAUCGCUGCGGACGGCGAUUGCGCUCGUGCCGCAGGAUGUAUUGCUGUUCAACACCACGCUCCGUGAAAACCUGCUGUACGGGUCAGAGACCGUCCCCGAGACAGGUGGGACCUCCAUCUCCGACGAGCGGCUCAUGGACGUCAUUCGUCUCUGCGGGCUAGAGGAACUCGUAAAUAAAAUCUCGCUCGAUGGAAUCGUAGGAGAACGUGGACAGGCACUCAGCGGCGGCGAACGACGCCGGGUCGGUGUCGCUCGCGCCAUGCUCCGAGACGCACCCAUUGUACUUCUCGAUGAACCCACUAGCGGCCUCGACGCACACAAUCAAAUCCUUGUCAUGCAGGCCAUAGGCAAACUCGCCAACGAUCGAACCAUCAUCAUGGUUGCGCACAAACUCCAAACUGUCACCGACGCUGACGAAAUCGUCUACAUCGAGGACGGCAUGAUCAAGGAACGAGGCACGCAUGACCAACUUCUCAGCAGACCCGUCGGCAAAUACAACGCCAUGUGGAAACUGCAGGAGUCCGGCCUCGACGCGCCCGAAAACGCCUCCACCGCACCCUCCGACGACGCAACAACCGUUCGCUCCAGCUGCAGCAGCUCGGGCGCCUGCUGCCACGACUGA